GCAUCACUUAGUAUCACCAGCACGCAUGCCAAGGACUUAUGAUUGGCUAUUGCACCUGAACUUGUAUUAAACUCGUAUGAAAACAGUGCGCCGUUGUGAACAUGGAAACACCGCCCAAGACAGGGCCAGACAAGCGAAAGUUUGUCCCUGUCGACGUUGGCAGAUGCUACAGGCAAUCGGCCGCAGAGAGGUUUGGGCCAGAGGCCGAGAAAGCUAUCCGCGACAGAGAACGCAUCUCACAAGGCCUGCCAGCCUUCAGUUAUGAUGAUCCUGUGCUUUGGCCGACAAAUAUCAUUGAAGAUGAAGCAGAAAUAGUCGCAUCUGUAUUCAAAAAGAUACCUUGUAUGGCGGGCUAUCGAAAUAACUUGACGGCACUAUCACACAAGUACAAUCUUUAUUUUUCAGCCUAUCAAGGGCAGAUAUUUGUCUAUGUUCCAAGGAGUGUUCCUCGACAACGCCUACCUGCAAAUCCUGAUUUACGACUAUAUCCAACACCCUCUAUGGUUGCUGCUCACAUCGAUGGCUCCUUGGAUAUGUUACACCCCCACGUUAUUAACCACAUGAUUACUGGGUUUCUGGGCGACGAGGAGAUCGUUGUAGUUUCUUAUGACGAUGGUGACGUUACGGCUUAUUAUACAAGGACUAUUUACGAUUGGAUAUCAUUGAAUGGGAGCACACCACUACCUCGGCCGACGGGUACGCGGCUGACGGUGCUCGAAGAACCGCCGUCAUUCUUCUUCAGAAGCAACGUAGGAAAGUCAGCAUGGGGGCUGGCUAUACACCGGCAGUCUCAUCUUAUUGCUGUUAGCUCCAAUCGCGCAGAAGUUACUGUGUUUGCUCCAACACUUGCCUCGCCAACAUGGGGAGAUUUCGUCAAAGCACCGAACAAUAAGUUGGAGGCCAGUGUUCGUGAAAGGUCAGCCAAUUACCGUAUAGUUAUUGGGUUCGGGGAUGAAGCCGAUAAUAUACCGAACAUAUCUUUUCUCGAUGAUUCUACGGGAGAAGCUACCAUGAUAUGUGCCAUUGACAUCAAUGGUCUCGUAUGGUUUGGCGAUAUUUGGCGGCAGAUGGAAGGUGUGCGUCAUAUUCCGACUCCUACGCAUCCACUCCUUCGGAGUGAAGAAUUUUGGCCGCAAAAAUCUCGAGGCUGGGGUAUUCUUCCGCUACAUGAUCUUGAUUUUAAAAUAGUCGAAGAUAAGCGACAGCUUUUUGGGCUUAUACCUUCUGUUUCAGUCACGCCACCAAGCCACAAGUGCAAUCAGCCCGUCUUGAACAUUCACGAAUGUGUCAGGGCGGUUCCGAACAAUCCAUGCCCUGUUAGGGAGAUGCCAUUGACAAUUCUCUCUGCGACUCCGGAAACGAUGAAUAUGAGCCUCGCUGGACCUAACAUUCUACAAAUGCUCUCCAACAUUCUAGCUCAGAAUGACUUGAAUCUCGAUAGUGAGGAAGGGGAAGAAAACGAGACAUCCUCGGCCACCAACUCCGACAUGCCAGACAACGACAUGUCGGAUGUCCCUUUGCAACAGCUUCAAGGUCCUCUAGCAACAAUACCCUCAAUAGAAGGGGGCCAUUACAUGACUGAAGGGCAGACUGUGCCGGGCACAGCUAGUGAUGAACCCUUCGAACACCCAAACGACGACGACUCUUCUACAGAGGAGGACGACAACGACGCGGCGGGUGUAUCUUUGUUGGAAGACGAGCACGUUACCAGCUAUGAGCCUGAUCUUGGUUUUGAAUAUGAGUUCGAAGACGAGCUAGAGGAAGAACUCGAUGAGGAUAAUAUUGAUGUCGACGACUUCUCCGACAACGGACAUACUUUUGAUGCGUACAACGAGUACAUUGACGACAAUAGCGAACCCAUGUUUGAUUCAGUAACUUUGAGUCGUGAUAAUGCAAACCAAGACUUGAGCGAUAUGGUCUAUAUUCCAUUCAAAGGAUAUUGUUCUCCAUUACCUACGGACACACAACAAUUAGCGACAUGGCUUCAACGCCCACAAGAAACAAAUCGAUGGCCCGCAGACCGGCAGACAAACUGGGAAAGUCUCAAAAGGCGGUAUCGGAUUCUACGCACAUUUGAGAAGGAUCUCGAGCUGCGUUCUCUGGACAAAUCAGCAUCAGCCUCGUGUGCAAAGGAAAUGGCAAUUCUUUGUCCAGACGCUGUUACAUUCGGCCACUUCCAAGACCCUCUCCUUCGACCAUUUUUCCGAGCUUCUAGCCGAUUAAAUAUGCUUGCACAUGUUCCUGAAUUGUCAAUAGUUGUGGUGGCUUCUCAAAUUGGGCGGGUUUUGCUCCUGACGCCUACUAAACUACCGUCGGCUGAAGAAGACAACGGUAUCGUCUGUCUCUACGGUAUGCGACCAGAGUGUAUACUCCCUCGAGAAAGUGACGAACUGCAGCCUCGCAAAGCUCGCCGACCUUUGCAUGGAAUGGCUAUUGCUCCAAUCCAAGAAGAACACGGCAUCCGGCGUCGGGCCAUGGAAGAAGCUGCCGCUCCGCGUCGCUUUCGACUAAUGCUGCAUUACCGUAAUCAUGAUAUUCUAACCUACGAAAUUACGCGAGAGGAAGAGACGGAUAAGCUCUGCAUAUUUUGAAGCCAUCGGCCACCCUGCAGUUGCGGCUCAUGUUGUGCCCGUUUGCUGGACUACGCAAGAAGACAAGAUACUCUUGCCAAGUCUCACCUACGGGAUGAACGCGUACAUGAAUGGUAUUAGUUGCCUUUUGUCCUUUUUUAAAUCUUUACUAAUCUACCUCCUCCAGCUCAAUUCCAACCAGUCUCCUCCCUGCUCAACCCUUGGUGUGUAGCAUGCACAGAGCUCAGAGCCUCAUUUGGACAAAUACCCAACCAAAGCGCAGUUCUCAAGCCAUAAUUAAACUUAAUUCAUGGGCUAUUAUAUGGAUCAUUCACAUAUGCAGUUUAAAUCUACUGCAAUUUUUGGCAGUAUUUAUUCUUAUAUGCCAAAGUACACCCUUUCUGUCGCACAGCCCACAGCCGCAAGCCAUUAUGGUAGCCCUCGGAAGACAAGAGCACCGUGAUUGGCCUGGCCAGGUAUAUUGAUAAGGCUAGUAGGAGCUGUGGAGGGGCGUGCGAUUUUUGGCGGAGCGCAGCAGAUCUUGUGGGGGACCAGCCGCUUGAGGACAAUUUUUGCUCUUCGCCGAGACUGUUGCUUGGAAUUGACUGUAGAGGUCGAUCUACCAGUCCCGGUUCCCCCCGCGUACUCACCUCAAUCCAGAGUCACUCGGAUACAAGGAUGUGACCUGAUGACGUUCAAUUGACCAACGCAAUGAGACUUUUAAACAAGGCCGUUCUGAGGAUGAUGCCGCCAACAUUUGAGGGACGGUCUGUCCCUUUGUCAAUGAAGGACCACCCUAUUACUUGCCUUGUCACUCUUCGAGGCUUGAUCUUGGUUCAACGUAUGGCAAUGCCCUAAAGGCACGGAAUAAUGGACCAGCAAAUGAUACCCAGCCGAAAGGCGGACGCUCAGCCUGGCAAAGACGCACUGGUAUACUUGACCAGAAACUAGCGGAGAGGCUCUGCCGAUGCCCAGCAUAACCAACCAGUCGCCGUAAUGGGACGGGGGUACGUUAAAUGGGGAAAUGCCUCGGGGGUGUGUGUACUAAGUCCCUAGCCAGCAUGUGAAACGGAGAACUGAACUCUCGCUUCGUUAAAGCUGUCCCUGAUACACUGAACCGCACACGUAUGAGACAAGGUGUUAUGUGCAAUUCUCUGCUUUUUGCUAUCCAAGAUAUUGUUCGCCACCGAAGAGCAAUUUUUUUGUUUGUUCUGUCUGGGGUAGUCGUCGCAGAGCGGGUGCCCAACUACCACUUGGCUUGGACGAUGCUCCUUCGCCUCUUCUUCUGCUCAGGCCCCAAAGCGAUAAGUCCGACAAGGAGGGAAAUGGAAGCAUGGCUAUUGGUCGAGCCUCUAGCUAGCCGGUGGUGGGCUACCUUGUUCCAGUCACCGUUUCGCUCGGGUAGGCCAGGGAGGAUGGUCGUUGGAAAUUGUCACAUGCGAUGCAAGUCCACUUUAGGCGUAUUCAUCUCUGCACACAGGAGAGAGGCAUCUAGCGUUUUUUUGUUUCGUUGCUUGUCCCGCGGAACAAACAGGAUGGACAGAAGCAACGGCGGGGGAGGGCAGGCCGGUUUUAUAGCCAACAGACAGGAUCGUUGAGAACAGAGCGAACAUCGCGUUGCGAUAAUACAUCAACAUGAGCCAUCAUUCGGCGAUGAUAGGCAAUGAGACGCCAGUUCUGGCCGGUGCUGGUGGCCUAAUACCAGUCUCAUUGUGCUGGUGGUGCUGGCGCCAGGCUACGAGAAGGAGGGGGGUGUAAACGAGGAGGAACUGCGCUUAUCUAGCGAGCGCUGAGGUCAUACCACGCGAUUGACAAGUUAUUUUCUGCGCGCCAAUGACGCUUACCCUUCCAUGGCACCCCCAAGUCAGGCGGCUGUGGAGGGAGCAGCCGGCCCCGGUAUUGGCAGUCUAGGGCGCAAGAGAUAGGGUCCUUUCGGGAUCUCUGAGUGUGGGGGUGGGCUCAAUGCGCUAAGCUUUCUCAUAUCUCUGCGAAGAUAUGGGGCUGUGAUUGGCUGGUGAGGGCCUCAAGGGGGGUGGCGGGGGAGGGCUGUCUGUCCACUAAAUCUGUCAGUAAGAAGGCCAGGCAAAAGUUGGGAACGCGGCUGAGGCAAACGAGGGCGUGUUCAAGCAUAAAUAUGUCUUUUCCACUCCCCUCAUUCGUCUUCUAGGCCAUGCAUAUAUAUAUAUUAAUUAGAAAUCAUUGGCAUCUGGGUUGAUAGUAAUAGGGAAGAGGGGAAAAUCAUUAAUGCGGAAUUUUUCGCGUCGGCUCCCGUCCUGUCGUCGCGUGGAGAGCCAGCACUUCACGCAAACGUUCCCCGCCAGAUGGGAUCGUGCGGAGUGCAUAGGUAUCGCGUGAGCACAACGACAGGCUUCAGAUUGACCAAGUUUGGCAUCCCUCUAACAAGCACAAUAUAUUACAAUAUAUUACAACAGAGACGAGACCUUCCAUGUGUCGUCUUCUCUGUCUAGCAGGAAAACAUCCCAUCCCAUGCAUGUGCGGCAAAAGGAUCCCGAGACCUAGACCCGCGUGUCGUUUGUUGGUCGCUCAGUGGUUUAGAAGGGCCACGUUUAAUAUCUAGCUUAAGAAGGUAGUAAUUACCAAUUCUUACAACUCUGUCAAGCGUUGCAAAAGUGAUAGAGCUCAUGCACCUAGUACUUUGUAAGUGGAAUCAGUGGCAAGCAUAUGAAUUUGUACCCUGUGGCAUUGCAGUGGUGGUGGCCAAAUUAGGCAAUUCAGGGGAUGACACCAGUGGAGGAGCAUUGGUGUCCCGUGUCAGGCACAUCGCAAGUCGCCGGACCGAGAAUAGGUAGGGAGCAGGAUGUGGAGAAAUGUCGACAAUCGUGGUCAUCGUGGCCUCUAUUUUGCUAUUUUCC